CUCCUCGACUGUUGCGCGCUCAUCUUCCUUUCGGUGUACUUCAUAAUUACAUUGUCUGAUUUAGAAUGUGAUUACAUUAAUGCUAGAUCAUGUUGCUCAAAAUUAAACAAGGUGACAUUUCUCCUCAAGACCUCCAUCCUCUUGCUAUAGUCUGGAGCGGUUGCUCUUAGACCUUUUCACAGCUUCCAUUUUGGGACUCCUGGUUGGAUCUCCUGAUUCUUGGAAAUCAUGUCUUCUUUUCUCUUGGCUUACUACCUCAUUUUGCUGGAGUAGCUUCUUGAGAUUCGUGGGUAAUUCCAGAAUUGGUUGGCCAUACUCUUGUCACUGUACUAAUGCUCAUUUCAUUGCACUGGUUCAUCUUCCUUCUGAACUUGCCUGUUGCCUCUUGGAAUAUAUAUCGGUACAUCAUGGUGCCCAGUGGUAACAUGGGAGUAUUUGAUCCAACGGAAAUACACAAUCGAGGGCAGCUGAAGUCGCACAUGAAAGAAGCCAUGAUCAAACUCGGCUUCCACCUCCUCUGUUUCUUCAUGUAUCUUUACAGUAUGAUUUUAGCUUUGAUAAAUGACUGAAGCUGGAGCAGCCGUGGUUGAAGUCAGCCUACACUACAGUGCACAGUUGAGGAGCCAGAGACUACUUAAAUCAUCCUUAGAACCGUGACCAUAGCAGUAUAUUUUUUCCUCUUUGAACAAAAAAUAUUUUUGCUGUAUUUUUACCAUAUAAAGUAUUUAAAAAACAUGAA